AUGAAUAAGCUGUACAUUGGAAACGUGAGUGAAGAGGCGAGUGCGGAGGACUUGGAAACUAUCUUUGAGCAGUGGAAGAUUCCACACAGUGGUCCGUUUCUCGUCAAAACUGGUUAUGCGUUCGUGGAUUGCCCCGAUGAAAAGAUUGCAAUGAAGGCCAUCGACAUACUUUCAGGUGAGACAAAAAAAAACGAUAAAGGCGUUCGAGCGUUGGGUAAAGGGUACUUUAAUUAUGGAAAUUGCUACGGGUUUACUUUAACCUCUUUAGAUGGAUGCAUGGAGCCCAAUAUGAUGGGUGUGUAUUCAGUCUGGUCUUGCCUCUCACUUGGCCCCUGACACCGUAUAAGGAAAGUCCAUGUCUUUGAUUAAUUCAAAGUGUUAACACUAAUUGAAUCUAGUACAAAAAUGGAGAAGAAAUUUGUUUCAGAACGAAGGAGGGAAGAGAACGCCUAUCCAUUGUAGCGCCAUUCAGAGCAAUGGGGCGCACAGGCAGUGGGCGCUCAUUGUAGGCUUGUGUGUAACAUGGAUCACUUCGAUUAAAUUAACUAAAUAUAACGUUUGUUGCCGCCUUUGAACUUGCACGCUCUCCGGUGACCAACCAAGUAAUAAAGUAACAAUGGAAGUAUGGCCUAAGUUGUUAAAUUGUAGCACACAACAGUGCAUUUGCGUAUACUGACACACAAGGUGGCUUCAUUGUGUAUUGGUAAAAUGUAGGCCAACGAAAUGUAAGACUUUUGCCAAACUACUUUUUAUUUAAAAUUUAAAAACUACAACUGUACGAAAUGUGGGAGGAAAAAGUGGCAUUCUGCAGGCCACAAUCUAGAAAUAAAUAUACAAUUUUACGAAAUGUUAUCGUAUUUAGCUCAGGUGUCGUGGACUUAUCACAGUUACCGUAGUUAACCUUUUAGAAUUGGCAUUCACGUUGGCUAUUAAUUUAGUGAACAUUUUGUAAUUUUAAUGGUCAUACAAUUGUGCUACGGAUUGCAUUGAAAGUAAUUUCGUGCAAGGCCAUUUUGGUCAUAAACUAGGGUAGUUGAGGCCUACUUUUGGCUGCCUGUGAGAACAGUUGAAGAGCACUAAACUAAUUGUGAACUAAAAUUGCUUUUAUUCUCCUCACUAUAGGUAAAGUUGAACUACAUGGGAAACUCCUAGAAGUGGAGCACUCGGUCCCUAAACGUCAAAGGUAAAUUCUGAUUAUAAUCUCCUAUAUUGUCCAAGUAGUUAAUUUAUACUGCCAAUGGCUGCUGCUGUCCUCCAAAUUGUACAUAUUUCCAUGACCCUUUUAUGGAAACAUGUUAACGUUAUUUGAUUGAAGUCGUCUGAUUGUGUCUUGUGAUUGUGUAGUCAGCAGGAAGUGAAGGGGCGUAAUGUCUGUUCUUUUGUGGAAAAAGCAGAAAUUAAUAUGCUGAUUGUGUAGGGGUUGCGUUAUAAGGGCAUGAGGGAUGUCACCUCGUCACGCCUAUGGCGCCUAAAAUUAUGCAACUUUAAUAAUAAUAAUAAUGAUGUACCCUCGUAUUUUACACACCAUACCCAUCUGUGGAAGAGGUUAGGCUGUUUAGUGCAAAUCUUCAGUGUUGUAGGGCUAUUUAUGCAGCAAUGGCCUACUGGGCCUGCUUAAGUGUGUGUGCAUGUAUGGAUGUGUGUGUGUUGAGGGGAAGGCACUCUGAAGUCGUCCAUUUGAGGAGGAUCUACCCGUCAUUCUCCCUGCCUGCCCCACGCUUCCGCCCUCCUCUCCUCGUUCAUUGUGGUUGUGCACGAGAUGGACUCCCAAACGCGAUUGGAAUGGGCGGUUUGGGUCCUAGUCACGGAAAAACCCCGGUCUGCUAAAAAACAUGUAGCUCCAUGUACACAGCCAACCGGAUUAUACUGUACUGAGUUAUAGCAUUUAGUCUGAGGCUAUAUUGAUCCUCAUUUACGUGGAAGCGGGACAACAAAUGCAACAAUUCGGCUUGGCGUGAAGGAUUUCCGCCACUUUACACAUUUUGGCCAUUAUUAAACUUCUUGGCUUUUAAUUGCGAUCAUUUGAAAUUAGUAAUUCAAUUUGUGUAAUGAUUUGGAGGAAGAGGAUUUGGAGCCAAAUUGCACUUCAAUGUGUUAUAAAUGAUUAUGUUUUUUAAUUAGUUAGUGGGCUACAUGCAGUGCAUGAAGGCUACUGCUAGGUUGGUAUGGAAUUAGAAUGAAGGCAUGUGAUCACCACGUUUCAAAAUUAAUCUUGGAAGUGAAGUUUGACUGAAUUAUGAUUUUUAUAAUUGCCAAUACGACCAUUUAGGCCUAAUAAAUCAAAUAAUCGGUUUUAUUGACGUUCUGCACAAAAUGGCGUGAACAUAUUUUACAUUCUAGAAUUUAUUAUAGUGGACAUAUUUAUUUGCAUACUUUGAAAUGGCCAUGCAUUGAAUUGUCGAGGUUAGGUCUAAUGACGUUCGGCAAGGGCCUUCACCUGAAUGCAUUGACUGCUUUUAGCGCGCUCGUUAUUGGCAUGGAAUCAUGGAGGUAUUUUUAAAAUGUCAAAUCACUCUGGUCAAUUUGUGGACCUUUCUCCUACCAAAGUGGUGCUAGGUAUUUUUUGCUAAAUGAUUAUUAUUUGACAUGUGUAGGUUUACACACACACUGGCGAUUUUAGUAGUAGGCCUUAUAGUGAAGUGUAAACCUCAACCUACAAAAAAAGGAGAGGGUGAAAAACUUUAAGGUGAUGGCCCCCUUUUGCCAAAGGAAAGGUUAUAGGCGCAACUGGGAACAGUAUCCAGCCCAUUACACACAGUGGUGUCCACUGGGGCCCGUCUUUGCAUUCCAGCCUGCUGAGUAUCAGCUGGAGGCUCGGCCAAUCACCACGACUUAACCUUUGAACUGGUGGGGAAGGGGAAGCGUGAGCAGGGAGGCAGAGGCUCCCAGAGUCCUCCACAGGGUUCCAGGGUGGGAUGAGAGCAGGAGAGAGUGGGGGUGGUGUGCCGAUGGAGGCAGAAGGCUAGGUUUUGGUGCCAUUUGCCUUAUAGUCCUACUUCUGCAGUCAUCUUUGGCCUACAUAUUGUAAUAACAGUAGUUUGAUCAUGAGGGGUUGCAAGAGUUGAAAAGGGAAUAAUUAUUCUCGGCCCUGCGACAUGUUGGGUAUAGGUGUAUUUUGGGUACUUAUAGUUUGCGCACUAAUUUUGUUUGUUUUAUUAUUGAAUCUUCAUGUUUAACUCUUAUGCCCUAUUAGCUGCACUAGUGAGUGUCAGUAGGACACACAGAAACCCCUAUAACUUGUUGUUACACUGUGACCUCUGAUUUAAAGCUAUAGUCGUUUGAGUUAACUUGAAAUAAACUCCCCCCGUCUGUAUAAGAGGUGGUCCAAGUGUGCCAAUCUGUGUAAUUUUGUAUGUGAGCACUCUCUAAAGUUCGAUCAGGCAGGUCGAGGGCCGUGUAGUAAGCUGCUGUGUAAAUGUGUACUUGAUGAAUCAGGGUUUUUGAAUUUGAACUCCUAGUCUGGCUUGUGAAGAUGGUUCAACUUGAACCUAGUUUACUAUUAGUCUUGGGACUUUUUACACCAGACAAAAAAUCGGAAGUUGUACUAUUUGGCACAGUAACUUUCUCACACGUUUUAAAAUUGCAAAGAUGUAGAUUUUUUGUGUGCAAUAUUCUCCUCAUCAAACGGGGAGGGGGGUCAAGAAAUCCUAAACAUCGUCAUUUAAACUAAAAAUACACCCAUUGCUCUAUUCCUUUUAACAGCCCCAAAAAACUCCUAAUAGUAAAAGCAAAGCUUGCUUCCAUGGCCAUUCUAACCCAGUAACUGUGGCUUUGUGAGGAGAAGUACCUCCCAGCUCUUAUUAAAGAAUUUGGGGUCAGGGGGUCAGUGGGGCCUAACCUGCAAAGAAGGGAUUUUGGACGGAAGCACGGGGGUGCCCGAAAUUCUCAAUGUGGCCCCUUGUCCCAUUUAGCUUGCGGGACUAGAGGUCUCUAAACUCGCUCAUGCUUAUCACGGAGUGAGAAACACUGUGAUAGUGUGGACUUAUUUUGCUAGAGAACCAUUGCAUAGCAUGCUGCAGGGAGAUUAAGCUGUUAGCUUUUUUAAGUGUGUAAGACUUCACAGAUUUAAAUUUGUAAAUGUCUGGCGCGAAACAAUUUAGCACAUUUUUAGCUAUCAAACUAUAAAUUUUAGCAAUUUUUGCUGCAGAAUGGACUCUGUAAGGCUCUAUAUAAGAUUGCAGCGGAAAGUGAGCAGUUUUGAGUUCAGUCAUUCAGAACCCCUGCAUACUGAAUAGUCAAUGUGUGUGGAUGGAUGGGUGUUGAGCACAGACCUGGGAGUGUGUGCUGACAUGGAUGUUUUUUUAGUCUGGACGCCGAUGUUUCUGAGUAUUGUAUGUAUGAUAAGAUGUGUGGUGGGUGACGUGGAUGAGCAUGGAUGUGGUUCAGUCAUGUUGCUCGACAUGGGAUUCCUCGUAUGGGCUUUACACACACUCUACGGUGGCGCAGAGGCCCAUAGAUCUCAGCUGGGCCGCGGUCUGUCGGAGGGGGGCAGUGCCGUUGAAUGUGUAGAAUGUUAGUUGAAUUUAAAAGUAAAUAAGGAACCUUGGCCUCCUGUGUCGUCACGUGACCAGCCCUCACGGUCCCCCUCCCUUAUCCCCUCCCCCCUCCGUAUUUCUGUCAGUGGACUUCGUGUCCAUGGCAACAGGAGCCCCACCCCCACAGGGCAGAGAGGGCCCUUGUUACCCUUCCCUGUAACAGGGCUACCUCUCCUACAACCCCACCCACCCCACCCUCCUUUCCUAAAUCUAAGGCUGGGACUGGGGAAUGCACCCCCCCCUUUCCCCAUACCCUGGCUGACUUCCUCCAUGUGUGGAGCUAUAGGUUAAUCUGGCUGGAAGUGCUUGGUGCAUUUGCACAUUUCGCACGGUGUUCCCACUGCAAUGCAGAGCAAAGCACACAGGGAAAAAGGGGGCCGGAUCUGCCGGGAAUGGCACAGUAGACCGGAAAGGGCUGGAAUUCCUCUCGGAAGCUCUUUGGGAUUUAUUUUAUUCACCAUUUUAGAAUAUAUUAAUUUCUUUAUGGUCCAAAUAAAUGAAUAAAAUUCAUUUGGCCCUGAUGUCGUGACCAUGUUGAAAGGUCCUCCAGAUCGAGUGUGCGUGUUAAAGAAUGUGUAAACGUCAUUGAACCUUCCCAUACUAUGUGUUUUGACUGCAGCCUAGUGCUGCAUGCAAGGAAGUUAUCCAACCUUCUAGCCUGCAGAUGGAGAUUUCUGUGUGUUUGAGGUAUCAAACAUUUUUAAAUAUGCUCCAUUGUUAAGCGUGCUUUCUCUCUGGGUCAUGUGUACAGAAUGAGCGACUUGUGUGUUGCUGGCCUUGAUGUGAGCUGGGCCCUGUCCGCGUGUGUGGUGGACUGAGAAAAACAUAUUUAAGGAUGCUCUCUGGGACCAGAGGAGACCAACCAGCCUGUUCGUAAAAACUCAAACGCUUGACUCACUCAUUGGCCUCUUCUCUUUUGGGCAAAAGUCCGUCCUUCACCCUCUCUCCUCGUCCUCUGUGAUCCGGAAACCGAUAAGUGGUCGAGGAGAGUGUAAAUUCGUAAGUAGGCAAACAGAAGACGGCCCUCCCCUCUAUAGCCUCCAUGUGGCUAGAAAGCACAAGUGUGUCUUACCCAAAUCCUUUGUGGAAGAAUUGUAUUAUCUGCCACACCCCAUUUGAAUCAGACGUUUACUCGAAGGAGAAAAGCAUGCAAACUUUAAAAACGAUAUGCUACUAUCCUUUUAUCUAUAAUAUGUCUUGCACAACUAGCUAAAUUAGUUUUUAUCACUUAAUAUCACUUAAAUACAUUUAUUUUGGGAUUCCACCCUAUACACGUCUUUUGCCUGAUGAGGUGCGAUUUGGAGGAGUAAUUUCGUACAAGCGCAUUUUUGUCCACUUUCCCCCUCCUCCAUUACCUUUGACCUUUUUCAAAAGGAGGCCAGAGAGGACUGAGGGUAGGACGCAGGAGUUGAGCGAAUCUAAUUGAGAAAAGGCCAUUGACUUGCACAACUUAAAAAUAGCUGCCAGUUAAUUUUCAACUCUAGGAGUUGGAGAAGCGUGUGUUCAAUUUGAAUGUAAAUUAAUCGUAUUUCAAAUGUAUAGUCUAUUGAACAAGAGGGUGAUCUGCACAUCCUAAACUUGAGAAUACUGGUGCUGGGGGAACAAUUACACUGAUAAAGGAAUGAGGCCUGCACAAGGAAUAUUGCUGCUCCACAAUGCUUUAGUCCUGACCCCCAAAACACAACGUUUCCACUUCAACAGAAGUCUUCAUCAGGCGACCACAAGACAAAAGGUCUCUGACAUUUCCUGUUAAAUCAUCCCAAGUCUUAAUUUCCUGGUCAAAAUUGUGCUUUUAGUCACUGACUGGUCCUAGUGUAAGGGGUUAGUUGUGUUUUGUGAUGUAGCUUAUCUCUCAUGUAGAUGUUUGUGGGAGAAGUUUCCGGUAACAUUGUAAGUGUUAGGUUUAUGUUGGGAGUACGUUCGGCAUAUGCCGUGUGGGUGUUUGUACGUCUGUGUGGAACUGGGUCGGUGUGUGUACGGGUCACAGUUUGUGCUAGAAGUCCCAGCUGCAUGUACAUUGUGUGUGUGGACUUUGGAGCAGCCUGUCCACUUUUCCCACAUUUAUAUAAUCUCCCGGGUCUAAACAAACACUUUUAUGGAACAUGUCACAAGUGCACAAAAUUAGUCUUGAAGUGUGUAUGUCCACAGACUCGUUACGAUUCACAAGUCCAACCAAGCAUCUGAAUGAGCUCUUAAAUAUUUGGGUCCUUGGUAUUCACAGUGUUUCAUUGUGGAACUGAAAGUAUUCAAAAUGUGAAAACAAUUGGCUGUAUGGAGUUGAAAUACAGGGCAUUCUGGAUGCUAAGGCUUUGGCCAGACUGAUCUCUGGAGAACGGACACCAAAUUAGAAUGGAUUAAUUUCGGUCCAUGUGUGUGCUUCUCUUUUUCUAAUUGGCUACCGUAUCCAUUGGCCCGUCAAAAGUUAAGCUCAUCUGAUCUUUUUGUCCGUGGAUGGAAAUUGUAUGGAUAUGGACCGUCAACGUAUGACUCCCAUUGAGAAAGCAUAGGAAAUUCGGAUACAAUCAACAGGCCAGUUUGGCUGCACCCUUAACCAGAGUUUUACAGUGCGGUAAUUGGUAGGAGAGAGUCUGUUCUGCGCUGCUCAGUGCUGUGCUCCUGUUGCCUGCGAUGUCAGCGCUCCUUCCAUUCUGAAUCCCCAUCUGUUCUGAUACCGCUAGGAGAGGUUCCCUCUUCCCUGGGCUUGGCAUCCCUCCUUUUUCUGUGCUCCCUCGCUCACUCUCCUCCUUUAUGCUCUCCUCUGCCUUUCACCUUUUCUCUCUUCUCUCUCUGUCCUCCUAUCCACCUUUCCUUUCUGCUCCUCUCUCCUCCAUGCUCUUCCUCCCUUUCUUUUCUGGCCCCCUUCCUGUCUCUUCCUUUUUCCUUUACCUUCCUCCUCUCCCUCACUACCUCUCCUUGCCAUGUGCUCCCUCUCUCUUUCUCUCGCUACCUCUCCUUGCCAUGCGCUCCCUCUCUCUCUCUCGCUACCUCUCCUUGCCUUGCGCUCCCUCUCUCUCUCACUACCUCUCCUUGCCAUGCGCUCCCUCUCUCUCUCUCACUACCUCUCCUUGCCAUGCGCUCCCUCUCUCCCAAUCCGUCUCAUAUUUUAAUGGGAUGAUCUUGUUUUAACAUUUUCUCCGCAUCGAGCCACCCGUCCAACAAUGCAACCGCUUCCCUCCCUUUUAUUCUCCCUCCAUCCAUCCCUCCCUCCCUCUGGUGCACACCCGCUGGUUUUGGGAGUGGUAUUAAACAUUAGUCAUGCCCACAGCUUGUACACCUCUCCUCUCACAGAGCAUGGGAUGAUGGAAGGAGGCACCUACUAGCCUGCUGUGUUUUUAGAAUGGGACACCUUGUCCUUUAGCCUAACCAACCACUGACGCUAACUGUCUCGCUUUAUCUCCCUCUUUCUCUCCCUCUCGUAGGAGCUGUAAGCUGCAGAUCAGGAACAUUCCGCCUCAUAUGCAGUGGGAGGUAAGUGUUAAUUGGUCCGUUGGUAAAGCUUUGGAUCUAUCUAGCUAUACUGGGUCCUGUUCAAUAGGAACAAAUGUUAAAAAAUCAUUUGAAACAAAGUCAAAGUAAGCCUUUUUACUGGGUGCAAACAAGUACACUGAACAGGUUCUUUGCCAUCUUUGGGUCAAUUUUUAGUUCUGGAUCCACUCGUUAGUUCUUUAGAACAGAGGCUGAUAUUGCAGGUCUCAAUUUUCUCCUGGCUGUCUCAGUACGGUACUUUACAGUUAGGUUGUGUCCCAAAUGGCACACUUCCCUUUAUAGUGUACUACUUUUGACCAGGGCCCUUAGGGUGCCAUUUAGGACACACAUAAUUAUACUGAACAAAAAUAUAAACAUCUAAAGUGUUGGUUUUAUGUGCUGAAAUGAAAAAAUUUAAUACACACAAAAAGCGUAUUUCUCUCAAAUUUUGUGCACAAAUUUGUUUACAUCCCUUUUAGUGAGCAUUUCUCCUUUGCCAAGAUAAUCCAUCCACCAGACAGGUGUGGCAUAUCAAGAAGCUGAUUAAACAGCAUGAUUAUUACACAGGUGCACCUUGUGCUGCCAUGGGGACAAUAAAAGGUCACUCUAAAAUGUGCAGUUGUGUCACACAACACAAUGCCACAUGUCUGAAGUUUUGAGGGAGCGUGCAAUUGGCAUGCUGACUGCAGGAAUGUCCAACAGAGCUAUUGCCAGAGAAUCUGUUAAUUUCUCUACCAUAAGCUGCCGCCAACGUCGUUUUAGAGAAUUUGGCAGUACGUCCAACCGGCCUCACAACCACAGACCACGUGUAACCACGCCAGCUCAGGACCUCCACAUCCGGCUCCUUCACCUGCGGGAUUGUCUGAUUUGCUGAUUGGCUGGGCCUGGCUCCCCAGUGGGUGGGCCUUUGCCCAGUCGUGAAAUACAUAGAUUAGGGCCUAAUUUAUUUAUUUCAAUUGACUGAUUUCUUUCUAUGAACUGUAACUCAGUAACAUCUUUGAAAUUGUUGCAUUUCAUAUUUUUUUUCAGCACAGUUUACCAUUAGUACAGGUAGUCAUUUAGUAGUCGAUGUUGGGGGACUAUUUCGGUCAGAACAACUCAUUAAGGGAGUGCGUGAGUUCCAGCAUAAAGCAAGCAUAGGACAGGCAUUAAAGCUCAAAUCUGUUUCAUUGCUGCAGACUUGUUUGUCAUGUAGGUAUAUACAGUGCCUUCGGAAAGUAUUCAGACCCCUUGACUUUUUCCACAUUUUGUUACGGUACAGCCUUAUUCUAAAAUUGAUUAAAAAAAUAAAUAAAUCCUCUCUACACGCAAUACCCCAUAAUGACAAAGCGAAAACAGGUUUUUAGACAUUUUUGCUAAUUUUCUUUCUUUUUUUAAACGGAUACCUUAUUUACAUAAGUAUUCAGACCCUUUGCUAUGAGACUCGAAGUUGAGCUCUGGUGCAUCCUGUUUCCAUUGAUCAUCCUUGGGAUGUUUCUACAACUUGAUUGGAGUCCACCUGUUGUAAAUUAAAUUGAUUGGACAUGAUUUGGAAAGGCACACACCUGUCUAUAUAAGGUCCCACAGUUGACAGUGCAUUUCAGAGCAAAAACCAAGCCAUGAAGUUGAAGGAAUUGUCCGUAGAGCUUCAAGACUGGAUUGUGUUGAGGCACAGCACUGGGGAAGGGUACCAAGACAUUUCUGCAGCAUUGAAGGUCCCCAAGAACACUGUGGCCUCCAUUCUCAAAUGGAAGAAGUUUGGAACCACCAAGACUCUUCCUAGAGCUGGCCAGCCAAACGCAGCAGUCGGGGGAGAAGGGCCUUGGUCAGGGAGGUGAUCAAGAACCCGAUGGCCUCCAGAGUUCCUCUGUGGAGAUGGGAGAACCUUCCAGAAGGACAACUGUCUCUGCAGCACUCCACCAAUCAGGCCUUUAUGGAAGAGUGGCCAGACGGAAGCCGCUCCUCAGUAAAAGACACAUGACAGCCCGCUUGGAGUUUGCCAAAAGGCACCUCAGACCAUGAGAAACAAGAUUCUUUGGUCUGAAGAAACCAAGAUUUUACUCUUUGGCCUGAAUGCCGAGCGUCACGUCUGGAGGAAACCUGGCACCAUCCCUACAGUGAAGCAUGGUGGUGGCAGCAUCAUGCUGUGGGGAUGUUUUUCAGCGGCAGGGAGUAGGAGACUAGUCAGGAUCGAGGCAAAGAUAAACGGCGCAAAGUACAGAGAUCCUUGAUGAAAACCUGCCCCAGAGCACUCAGGACCUCAGACUAGGGUGAAGUUCACCUUCCAACAGGACAACGACCCUAAGCACACAGCCAAGACAACGCAGAAGUGGCUUCGGGACAAGUCACUGAAUGUCCUUGAGGGGCCCAGCCAGAGCCCGGACUUGAACCCGAUCUAACAUCUCUGGAGAGACCUGAAAAUAGCUGUGCAGCAACGCUCCUCAUCCAACCUGACAGAGCUUGAGAGGAUCUGCAGGGAAGCAUGGGAGAAACUCCCCAAAUACAGGUGUGACGAACUUGUAGCGUCAUACCCAAGAAGACUCGAGGCUGUAAUCUUUACCAAAGGUGCCUCAAGAAAGUACUGAGUAAAGGGUCUGAAUACUUAUAUAAAUGUGAUAUUUCAGAUUUGAGCAAAACCUUUAUUUUGUCAUUAUGGGGUAUUGUGUGUAGAUGUGGGGGGGGGGGGAACAAUUUCAUAAAUUUUUGAAUAAGGCUGUAACCUAACAAAAUGUGGAAAAAGUCAAGGUGUCUGAAUACUUUCCGAAGGCACUGUAUGUAUGUAAUCAAUGGAGCUGUGAUGGUCUGUGUAACUCCAGAGGAUUGCCUUUUAGCCCAGUGACCUCCUAGUGAAGUGCAGCCCAUGACAUACCUGAUGAUGACAGGAAAAAUGGCCAUACAAAUGCUGUGCUGCCCUUUGUAUAUGCCAACUCCUCUGCUAAGUUAAAAUGAAAGGGACGUGAAUAGCCAUGCUAACCCAAUGACGGCAUGUACAGCAUUCACAAAUCAACAGAUAAAAAGUUCAUCAAUGACUGAAAUGCAUGAAUAGCCCAAAAUAUUGUUUGGAGACCAUUAUAAAACACUGUCAGUGAACAUACUCAUUGUUUAAUGUAUAGGAUUGAUUUAAUAUUAUGGUACAAUUUUACGAUAACCUACCUCUUCCACAUGAGUACACUAGACCGGGAAGAGGUAAGGAGGCCAGGGGAUGUUUAUGAAUGGGAAUGCAGAAGGAGAUGGAAGUGUGCAACAUUAAAUUAGGGCACUUACAACAACAAAAGGAAUGUACACUCAGACAUGGGAACUUUUCAGAUUUGGAGUAAUAUUGUAAAAUGGCCUGCAAUAGUGCCUUCAGAAUGGGAUUGAUGCUAGCGGUCAACUGUCUUGUUUGGAGAGCAAAAAAUUAUCAUCUGAGAAGCCGGUACAUUCGUAGUGAGUCAUCUCCGGUAUUUCCCUCUUAAUCCUUGAUCCUUUCUGCUUGCAAUCUAAAUAAGGGAAAGGAAAGGGGGAUAUCUAGUCAGUUGUACAACUGAAUGCAUUCAACUGAAAUGGGUCUUCCGCAUUUAACCUAACCCCUUUAUGGAGUGGGUCUGUGUCACGGGCAAAAUCUACUUUAGCAAAGGGCUGUUUCAUUUCUCAAUUUGACCAAUUGGAAUACAGUUGAUGGACAAAGGUUAUUCUUCCAUUCUAAACUCAGUGAAUAGGCUAAAGUAAGACUGAUUUGAGGCUCUCUGCCCUUUUUGAGUGUUCUGUUCUAAAUUGACACCAUGCUUUUGUGGUUGGUAGCCUGUAUAUAGCAUGUUGGCUAGCUGAUGGCCUUUGCACCAGAGGGGGUUAUGGUGCAGGUUAGGUUUUUUCGUCAUGAAUCUUGUUCUGGAGGCAGCUCUGCAUAGUGGUCACUAGCUGGCACAGCCACAAAGUCAUAUAGUCAGAUUCUAACCAUAACCUCACUGCUAACCCUAAUGCCUAAACUUUAAAUUAAGACCAAAAAGCAAAAGUAGUUUAUGCAUUUAUACAAUAUAGCCAAUUUUGACUUUGCAGCUGUCCUAUCUCAGGGGAAAUUGCUCAAUUCUGCCUCGAGGACAAGAAUCAUGACUAAAUGUCAACCUGCGGUUGUGGUAGGGUUGGAAUGGAGGGGGGACACCGAACAAAGUUUUUGAUGUAAAGGAGACCUUGUAUCUUAUUAGGAAGAUAACAUGGUGCCUCAGCACAAAGCCAUGCAGGCAGAGAGCAAUGGUAGCAUGUUCGCUAGGCUAGCUCGCUAUGAGUGGGUGGGACAGACACUCACAGAAUGUGUAGCAUUACUCCUGUUCCGCCCCUCCCCCCAAUCCAACCACCGCUUCCUGCAGGAAUGCACUCCACCCUUUCCUGAAUGCCCUGGAUUCUCAUUGGCUGGGUUCUGGAGACGGACAGGCGUGGCAGCCAGUGAACAUGGAGGUGCUACUCGCCACAUGGAAUGUUGUAUCAGUGCUGGGAACAGCCAAUGGGACGACUUUGAGAUGGCUCCGGGGCAGGUGGGAAGGGGAUUGGUGGGUUGGGAGAAAAAGAGGACCUGGAGGGAAGUUGAUUGGUCACAAAGGGGGGGUUGAGCUCUUGUGGGUGUGUCUUCCAGUAAGCCUGGGCAUGAUUGGAUGUCCUCGGCCUGUAGUCUGCGUUUGGAUCCUUCUCUCCAUCGCUCCCUCCCUGAUGACUGCACUUGAAAGAGGAGAACAUUUUAUCUAGUAGAAUUCAAAUCCUGUGCUUGCCAGAUUUGGGCAGGUUGCCAGAAUGGGUUGGCUCUGACAUUGAUUUUGGUUCUCCUAAUAAAAAGCAAAUCAAUUCCCCCCCGACUUUCUCUAUGGACUCACAAGGGAAUAAAGAUCAGUUGUUCAGCUUGAUAAUGUGGGGAAAUAAAACUUAAUGAACACAAUUUAGGAAGUUCUUUCUCCUGUUUGAGAAUGUAAUAUAAUGGUGUGAUUCACCAAAGUAGGAAGACAUUGCCUCUCAGAGGGAGUAGUGCUGAUAUAGCAUCAGGUACCCCCUGUCCAUGUGAUCAUAUUCAUUGUGAUCUAAAAGGCAAAACUGAUCCUAAAUCAACACUCUUACUGAGACGCUUGAUUCAUACGUCCCCAAGGUCUCUGGUUGAUGGGUGGUAUUGAAGGGCCAGUUAGUUGAAUCACAGGACCCAUAAUACCAGGCGUUGAACAGUUCAGAUGCAAAGUUUGGUAACAGAAUGAUGAAACAAACCGCCAUCCUGUUACCCAACUUUGCAUCUGCACAUUUCUUUAAGUAAAUGUUUUUGUAAAAUGUUCUGUGGAAUUUGUUAAAGGUAGUCCUUGUGCAUGGUUGUAUGGUUUAACUUUGCAAUCGUUGGAUUUUGUUUGACACUCCUUUUUAUUCUCAAUCAUUCUGUUACAGUGGAAUUUCCCUUAACCAUAAAUGGCUUUAGGUAAAACCCUCUGGUAAAUGAUCUUAUUAUCAUGAUGGGCCCAUGGGCUGUUCAUUGGGAUGUGGCCGUGGUGUGUUGGAGUGAAGUUGUGCCUAGACUGAUCUUGGGUCACUUUUGUAUUUUCCCCACUAAUGGUUAAGGUUAGGAUUGGGGAAGAGGAAUCUGAUCCUAGAUCUGUACCUAGGGAAAAAUUCACCCCAGGGCUUGUGUUCGUGAUCACCUGCUGGGUGUUGACGAAUGGUGGUGAUUCAACAUGUAGAAUUGAACUGAAAUUGACGGCCGACGUUCUGGUCAGAGGCGAAAGGACGGCCGUCCAUUGCUUUGCUGUUUCCUGGCCACUUGUACAUCAAGCUGCCUCACGCUACAGAAACAGGAGAUGGGCUCCUGCCCAAUGGGCUGUUCUGGCUCGGACAAGAAACAGGAGAUGGGCACCUGCCCAAUGGGCCGUUCUGGCUCGGACAAGAGCGGCAGGUAGCCUAGCGUUUAGAGUGUUGGGUCAGUAACUGCAAGGUCGCUGGAUCAAAUACCCCAGCCAACAAGGUGAAAAAUCGGCCGAUGUGCCCUUGAGCAAGGCACUUAACCCUAAUUUGCUCCAGGGAUGCCAUACUACUAUGGCUGACCGUGUAAAACAACACAUUUCACUGCACCUAUCCGGUGUAUAUGACAAUGAAACAUAUUUGUUAUUUACUUACAGAACUGUACUCACCAGAAAGGCAGUUUGGGUCUCCAUGAUGGUGUGAAAAAGACACUAACACCUCUCCGGUCUGGUUCUAAUCACACUCUUUCCUGUGGUUCUGGGUCAGGUUCUGGACGGCAUGUUGGCCCAGUAUGGCACAGUGGAGAACUGCGAGCAAGGUACGCGCACACAUGUAAACGCACACACCACACGUACGUGCGAACACACAUACACACUCCUUAGCAUGUCUGUUUGUCUUCUGCAUCUGCUGUCUGUGUGAGCAUGUUUCUAUUAGGUCUUUGUUCAAGUCUGUGACUGUACAGUUGAAGUACAUGUUUAGUGUAUAAACUUGUAUCGCCUUGUGUGUUUGUGGGUGUUGCGUCCAUGCUCUCUCUCUCCUCACAGUAAAUACAGACACAGACACUGCAGUGGUCAACGUCAGAUACGGUGCUAAGGACCAGGCCAGACUGUAAGCGCGUGCACACACACACCUACAUACCUACCCUCCUUUUCUUAGUUUGACUGCUCUUGCAGAAAGACUACAUUUGUCUGAGUGGUUUACACUCUUUCCCCACACUGCAUUUGUAUUGAAUCUAUUUUAAUUGAUUCCCUUUAUUUGUUAGUUCACCUGACUCCUCUCCACCCUCUAAAGCAGUCACUUCUAAUUAGUUGCUGCUAUAGGAGUAACAUGCUGGCUGAGAGAUGCUAGCUCACUGCUGCCCUCUGGUGCAUGUGUGGCGCUCUGGCCUUUCCUGGUAAAGUGGGCGUGGAUGGUGUAUGAAAAUGAAUGGGAUCCUUCAGAGCAGUUCACAGAACAGUCAGUCCUAGCCGUGUAGAGCAAAAGUGUGUGCAGGGUUUUGUUCCAGCCCUGAACUAAUAUACCUGAUUCUUGUAAUGCCUUAAUCAAGAUCUUGUUUCAUUAGUGGGAUAGAGAGAAAAUACAAUUGUGAACUGUCUUUGGAUCUUGCAUCAUUAUCUAGAGGGGUCAAGCAAGUUUCUCCUUCUCUGUGACCGAAAGCUUUCUAUUAUCAGUGCUGUGACAGUGAGUGAUUGCUGUCUCUUUGUGUGGUUGCCAGGGCAAUGGAGAAGCUGAAUGGCUUCCUGAUGGAGAACUUUGCCCUGAAGGUGUCGUACAUCCCUGACGAGACUGCCACCGCUGACGCCCCACCUCUGGGAGGGGGUAGGAGGGGCUUUGUCCCCCGUGGCCCGCCCCGCUCGGGUUCUCCGGGCCUGGGGGCGCGUCCCAAACUACAGUCGGAAGUCCCCUUGCGCAUACUCGUCCCCACGCAGUUUGUAGGAGCCAUCAUCGGCAAGGAGGGAGCCACCAUUCGCAACAUCACCAAACAGACACACUCAAAGUAGGACUACCUCCCUGAUCAUGUACACAGUACACACCCUAAAGGUUGCUGGGGUGCAUUCAGCAGGACACAACGUUGUGCAACAUUCAGAUAGAAAUAAAGCAUGUAGGUCAAACACCCCUCUCUUAAAUGUAGAAUUAGAAAUUACGUUGGCACUAUUCAAUACAUUUCUAUCUGCAACUUUCCACAACGUUUGGCUACUGAACUUGGCCCUGAUUUUAUGUCCAUAAAUGUAAAUUAAUUUUAUGAUUCCCUUCUUGGCUUGGCAAUAUAAAUAAUCAGACUCAAUAGAUUUUGGCUCUGGCUACCUAUUGAUGUGACCCUCUCAAGGCAUCUCAAGUUGAAAAAGAUGGACUUUGACCGUUUCACCUAUCUUCUGUGUUUUCUGUGGGAUUAAGCCAGUAGAAAGGGUGGAUGCUGGGAUUGAACCCUGGUCUCCAGUAGGGAGUAGUAUGAGACUAGCCAAUAGCGUAACCGCUAGACGACGGGCUCUGCACACUCUAGCUGUUUUUUUUGGGGUGAGAAUAAGAUUCUUCCCUUCAAACGCCAUCAUUCUCUCUGUUGCCCCUCACCAGGAUCGACAUCCACAGGAAGGAGAAUGCGGGAGCGGCAGAGAAGCCCAUCACGGUCCACUCCACCCCAGAGGGCUGCUCCAACGCCUGCAGAACCAUCAUGGAGAUCAUGCAGAAGGAGGCCCUCGACACCAAGUUGUGAGUUCACGCAUGCAUACACACGUGAACUGACAGCAUUUAAACUAAUUUGCAGAUAUGAAACAAUCAUAAUACAGUGCAUUUGGAAAGUAUUCAGACCCCUUGAAUUGUUCCACAUUUUGUUACGUUACAGCCGUAUUCUAAAAAGGAUUUUAAAAAAUUAAAAUAAAAACUCAAUCUACACACAAUACCCCAUAAUGACAAAGCGAAAACAGGUUUUUUAAAUGUUGGCGAAUUUAUGAAAAGUAAACACAUACCUUAUUUACAUAAGUAUUCAGACCCUUUGCUAUGAGACUCGAUAUUUUUGGUAUUUUAUUUGGAUCCCCAUUAGCUGUUGCAAAAGCAGCAGCUACUCUUCCUGGGGUCCACACGAAACAUGACAUAAUACAGAACAUUAAUAGACAAGAACAGCUCAAGGACAGAACAACAUACUUUUUUUUUUUUUUUAAAGGCACACGUAGCCUACAUGUCAAUACAUACACACAAACUAUCUAGGUCAAAUAGGGGAGAGGCGUUGUGCCAUGAGGUGUUGCUUUAUCUGUUUUUUUUAAACCAGGUUUGCUAUUUAUUUGAGCAAUAUCAGAUGGAACGGAGUUCCAUGCAAUAAUGGCUCUAUAUAAUACUGAACGCUUUCUUCAAUUUGUUCUGGAUUUGGGGACUGUGAAAAGACCCCUGGUGGCAUGUCUGGUGGGGUAAGUGUGUGUCAGAGCUGUGUGUAAGUUGACUAUGCAAACAAUUUGGGAUUUUCAACACAUUAAUGUUUCUUAUAAAAAUAAGUGAUUGAGUCGUUCUCUCAACACUUAGCCAAGAGAGACUGGCAUGCGUAGUAUUUAUAUCAUCCCUCUUAUUACAAUGAAGAGCAAUACGUGCCGCUCUGUUCUGGGCCAGCUGCAGCUUAACUGGGUCUUUACCUGCAGCACUCGACCACACGACUGGACAAUAAUCAAGAUAAGACAAAACUAGAGUCUGCAGAACUUGCUUUUUGGAGUGUGGUGUCAAAAAAGCAGAGCAUCUCUUUAUUACGGACAGACCUCUCCCCAUCUUUACAACCAUUGAAUCUAUAUAUUUUGACCAUGACAGUUUACAAUCUAAGGUAAUGCCAAGUAAUUUAGUCUCCUCAACUUGUUCAACAGCCACACCAUUCAUUACCAGAUUCAGCUGAGGUCUAGAACUUGGGGAAUGAUGUGUACCAAAUACAAUGCUUUUAGUUUUAGAGAUGUUCAGCACCAGUUUAUUACUGGCCACCCAUUCCAAAACAGACUGCAACUCUUUGUUAAGGGUUUCAGUGACUUCAUUAGCUGUGGUUGCUGAUGCGUAUAUGGUUAAAUAAUCAGCAUACAUGGACACAUGCUUUGUUUAAUGCCAGUGGCAGGUCAUUGGUAAAAAUAGAAAAGAGUAGAGGGCCUAGAGAGCUGCCCUGCGGUACACCACACUUUACAUGUUUGACAUUAGAGAAGCUUCCAUUAAAGAGAACCCUUUUGAGUUCUAUUAGAUAGAUGGCUCUGAAUCCACGAUAUGGCAGAGUUUUUCAACAACCGGUUAUGUUCAAUAAUAUAAGAGGCUGCACUGAAGUCUAACAGUAUAGCUCCCACAAUGUUCUUAUCAAUUUCUUUCAACCAAUAAUCAGUCAUUUGUGUCAGUGCAGUACAUGUUGAGUGCCCUUCUCUAUAAGCAUGCUGAAAGUCUGUUAAUUUGUUUACAGAGAAAUAGCAUUGUAUUUGGUCAACACAAUCCAACAGUUUGCUAAGAGCUGGCAGCAAGCUUAUAGGUCUGCUGUUAAAACCAGUAAAGGCCGCUUUACUACUCUUGGGUAGCGGAAUUACUUUGGCUUCCCUCCAGGCCUGAGGACAGACGUUCCUCUAGGCUCAGAUUAAAGAUAUAACAGAUAGGAGUGGCUAUAGUCAGCUACCAUCCUCAGUAGCUUUCCAUCUAUGUUGUCAAUACCAGGAGGUUUGUCAUUAUUGAUAGAUAACAAUUUUUCCACCUCUCCCACACUAACUUCACAAAAUUCAAACUUGCAAUGCUUUUCUUUCAGUUUUUUUUUUUAUGCAUGAAUACGAUGGCUCACUGUUCGUUGUUGGCAUUUCCUGCCUAAGUUUGCCCACUUUGCCAAUAAAGUAAUCAUUAAAAUAAUUGGCAACAUCAAAUGGUUUUGUGAUGAAUAAGCCAUCUGAUUCGAUGAAAGAUGGAGUUGAAUUUGUCUUUCUGCACGUAAUUUCAUUUAAAGUUCUCAAGUUUUUUUUCCCAUCAUUCUUUAUAUCAUUGCUCUUGGCAUCAUAAUACAGUUUCUUCUUCUUUAUGUUGAGUUUAGUCACAUCAUUUUCUCAAUUUGGGUUAAGUCGGCCAGUCAGAUGUGCAGCCAGACUUAUUAGCCACUCCUUUUGCCACAUCUCUUUCAACCAUAGUUUUUCAAUUCCUCAUCAAUCCAUGGAGCCUUAUUGUGUAUCCUGUUUCCAUUGAUCAUCCUUAAUGUUUCUACAACAUGAUUGGAGUCCACCUGUGGUAAAUUCAAUUGAUUAGACAUGAUUUGGAAAGGCACACACCUGUCUAUAUAAGGUCCCACAGUUGACAGUGCAUGUCAGAGCAAAAACUAAGCCAUGAGGUCGAAGGAAUUGUCCGUAGAGCUCAGACAGGAUUGUGUCGAGGCACAGAUCUGGGGAAGGGUACCAAAAAAUGUCUGCAGCAUUGAAGUUCCCCAAGAGCACUGUGGCCUUCAUCAUUCUUAAAUGGAAGAAGUUUUGAACCACCAAGACUCUUCCUAGAGCUGGCCGCCCGGGGGAGAAGGGCCUUGGUCAGGUAGGUGAACAAGAACCUGAUGGUCACUCUGACAGAGUUCCUCAGUGGAGAUGGGAGAACCUUCCAGUAGGACAACCGUCUCUGCAGCACUCCACCAAUCAGGCCUGUAUGGUAGAGUGGCCAGACGGAAGCCGCUCCUCAGUAAAAGGCACGACAGUCUGCUUGGAGUUUGCCAAAAGGCACCUAAAGGACUCUCAGACCAUGAGAAACAUUAUCUUGAACCCGAUCGAACAUCUCUGGAGAGAACUGAAAAUAGCUGUGCAGUGACACUCCCCUUCCAAACUGACCGAGCUUGAGAGGAUCUGCAGAGAAGAAUGAAACUCCCCAAAUACAGGUGUGCCAAGCUUGUAGCGUCAUACCCAAGAAGACUCGAGGCUGUAAUUGCUGCCAGAGGUGCUUCAAUAAAGUACUGAGUAAAGGGUCUGAAUACUUAUGUGGUCCUCUGUAGCUCCGCUGGUAAAGCACGGCGCUUGUAACGCCAGGGUAGUGGGUUCGAUCCCCGGGACCACCCAUACACACAAAAGUAUGCACGCAUGACUGUAAGUCGCUUUGGAUAAAAGCGUCUGCUAAGUGGCAUUAUUAAAUGUGAUAUUUCUGUUUUUUAUUUUUAAUACAUUUGCAAAAAUGUAUAACCUGUUUUUGCUUUGUCAUUAUGGGGUAUUGUGUGUUAGAUUGAAGGGGAAAAAACAGUUUAAUCAAUUUUAGAAUAAAGCUGUAAUGUAACAAAAUGUGGAAAAAGUCAAGGGGUCUGAAUACUUUCUGAGUGCACUGCCCAGUUUAUGCUUCAAAACCAACUAUAUAACAGGUUUUAAAAAUAGGUUGUUUUACUAAAAAUUCCAUGACAUACAGUGAGGCAUUGUUGGCAGAAUUGAUGGAUGCAGUUCAAUGCAUGAUUAAUAUAAUUCACCAAUACAUUUCUUGGUAGUCCAAAACGUUUAGCUAUCAGGUUGUAAAUCAAAGCUGGCCUGGUACAUUGUUUGCUGCCUCCAUUCAGCAUGCACUGUUUCAGUUUCAAUGACUCAAUAUUUUGGACAAAAACGGACGCCUGUAACUAAGGCUGGGAAUGUCAAUACAAUCAAACUAGCAAGGGAAAUAAUCACAAGUUAGUCAUAACAUCAGUAAUAGGCUAGUGCACAUGUCAAACAAGGCGUGACACAUUUCUAUCCAGCCCGGCAAUGAUUUGGGUUGUCAAUUCAUUUUGGCCCGCUACAAUACCGCCAGCCAAGGACUCCCAUGAGAGUGCUAGCCAUUCAAUGCCAUUUUCACUAUGCUAGUACUUCCUGGUUUGGGGGCUUAUCUAAGUUAGCCCAGAAUAAGCUGAUAAGGGUAGUAUUGAAGGUGAGUCAUCAUACUCGCAUAGGCAGGAGCUGCUUUCAAGUAACUCAACUGGCUGUCUGUUGAGGCUAGGGUGUCCCAGAUUUAGACUGGGUUUGGUUUACAGCAGUAUUUGUCGUUCUGCGCCCAGAUAUCUAACUGAUUACUUUCCCCAUGUUAGGAAUGCACACAAUCACAGCACCAGAUCAGGUGUUGCUAAUGUGUGCUUAUACCGGUUCAGGGGUAAUGCUGGGAAAGGUACUUUAUUGUAUACUGGAGCCUCAGAGUGGAAUGAGUUGCCUCUGCCCAUAAAAACAACAUAAUAAACUGUUUGUCUUCUGUGCCCAUUUUUAAAGCACCUUUUGUUUUAUUAUCUCACUGUCCUACUGUGUUGGAUCUUGACUAGCCAUCUUGUCUGAAGAGGACCACAAUGGAAAUAAGUCUUAGACUUUAUCCUCGAUUUUACUCAUGUGCAUGUAUGGCUUUUCAAGUUGUAUGGAUGGUUGUUUUCUUAAAAUGGUAGAAUUAAUAAACUAAGACGAGCAGGCUAUCAGUGUAAUUUUGACUGCCAACUAGCUGAAAAAGUUUGAGGUUUUGUCUUGUUGCCUCGUUACAUUUUAGCUCAUCUCGUUCUGGCUAGCAUUAGCUAGUUGUUGAUCAUGUUUAUGUGCGUAGGCAACUGAGGGGGAGAAACUACCUAGGACUGAAGUUCCCAAAUGUAAAAGUAUUUACAUAUUUGCAGAAAUCCAUUCAGGUGUAUUUUGUGUCUUUUGGCGAAUGCGUUCUAAUCUAAAGUCACGCUGUUGCUACUGCCUGUAAACACACAGUCCAGUUCAAAGUGAAUGAUGGCCGGCCCAUGUGGCAAAUGGCUCAUUUGCAUAUAGGCCUAUUGUAGCUCUGAUUGGCUAUGGUGCACCGGUCUGCGUAGAUGCUGGUUCUGGACAAGACAGAUGUUUUUAUUUACUGCAGUGUCUAUUAAUUGUCCAACCGCAUGGCCGCGUUUCCUCUAUUGCUAUAGAAAUUUCACAAAUGCCUUGCUCUGUCAUUCCCAAACAUUCUAUGAAUUUAUGAAAACGUGAAUGACUAAUUGCUCACAGAAAAGUGUAAUUUCUUCCUGGGGGAGUAGAUGAUCAGAUUUUAAUACGAUUUCAUUUUGCUAAAACGCUGUUAGUUCCACUUUUAAUUAUUCUACAACUUGAACAAUAGACCCCUGUCUUUCUCUCUUUCUCUGCCUCCUCUCUAUCAACAGUACUGAGGAGAUUCCACUGAAGAUUCUGGCUCACAACAACUUUGUGGGCCGACUGAUCGGGAAGGAAGGACGGAACCUAAAGAAGAUUGAAGUGGACACAGAGACCAAGAUCACGAUCUCCCCGUAAGAUGACCACACACGCGUCCCAAAAUCACAAUUUCUAAUUUCUCGGACCACGUAAUAAUAAUAAUAAUAAUAAUAAUGGCUAUUUUAGCAUGUAAAUCUUGGUGUGGCAAAUUCAACCACAUUUUUGGGGGAUGCAUGCCAGCAAAGCCACAACACAACACUAAACAAUACAUUAAUUGCACUAUAACGUGACAAACGGUGCCCUCAAACUGUUUGGACCUACAUAAAGCUGUCCCGACAGCGGAGCGUUCCUUUCAGCAUCAUGGAGCAUUACCACCGCUACACCUGGCUAUCAGCGGAGCCUCGUCUGGCUGCGAAAUAGUUCAUUCAGCCUAAAUUACUGCCUUAAAAAAAAACAAUCAUGGCUGACUUCAGCACUUUCAAAAUGGACACAGACAGAAAUUCAGGUGUUAGUUCAGAGAAGGACUUCAUCUUGCUGAAUUUAACUUUACUCUUUAAGUCACCAGAGAGAGCGACACAGUUAGCUUACCAUUUUAAGUAUUAUAUUUAUCCAUUUUUAUCGACAAUACGCCUAUACUGACGCACAGACACCACAUUGCGCAAACAAAACAACCCGUGCAAUAUCAACUGGAAUUACAUGGGUCUAUUACUGAACUUUCACUGGCAAACAUGGUUACAGACCCAACAACAGUUUCCCCUCCUCGUGGAGAAAAGCACAUGAGCUAAUUAUAAUACACAAAGUAAGCAAAACAAAGAAAUGCAUAAUUCCAACGUUGCCUAAAAUGCUAAGAUACUGAGAGACCUAAUAUAAGCAAUAUAACAAUUGUGAUGUACAAAGUAUGGCAUAAGGGAACUAUGAGCAGAUGAGGCAAGACGUAAUUUUGAUGACAUUAAUGCGCAAGCGAAGACUGACGAUAGGCCUAUAACUAUUUGUUCAGCACUUUUGAAAUGGACAGCGACAUAAUUCAGAAUAUGGGCCGUUCUUACAAUAUUCGCCCUGUACACCAAGUCAGAAACGUAUGAUAAAUAACGGGGGUAUAUAAGUAGACAAAGCUUUUUACAAUAUUCGAUGAUGACAUUUCUCUGAAACUGGCUAUAGGCUACGUGCGCACCACCAAGUCAUAACAGUGUAGGCUUAGUUCUGAGGGGGAGAGGGACCAAAUUAUUAGGGUGAGACACAUGGGGUACUAACAGCUUACUACACAACAUGCACUUAGUAUUACUUUCUUAGCUACAUUAUGCGUAUCUCCCUGGCAUAUUAUAUCAUUUAUACAUCAGCAUACAAGACACAGGCUUAUUUUUGGACUCACCGUUGCUGUGCUCACAAGGUGGCGUGGCGAUCCUUCUUGUGGGCAAACUUUGUCAAAGUCUGGCAUUGUCUGUAUAUAUGGUGCUUUCAAGACAACUGGGAACUCAACAAAAAAAAAAAACAGGUCGAAUCAUGUCAGUGAUCGUCAGGUCGGAAAGUUGGAGCUCUAGGAAGAGACCCGAGUUCCCGACCUUGAAAUUCCAAGUUAGAUGACCGUUCAAAACGUAUUUUCCCAGUCAGAGCUAGUUUUUUGCCGAGUUCCCAGUGGUCUUGAACGCACCGAAGUCUUGAGAUUUCCCGGUUCUGAGUUCCCAGUUGUUUUGAACACUGCAGAAGUCAUGCUGGAUUGACAGCAUGGCAAAUGUAUUCAGCCCUUUUUGGCCCAAAGGAAAGGGAAAGGGGGAUAUCUAGUCAGUUGUACAACUGAAUGCAUUUAACUGAAAUGUGUCUUCCGCAUUUAACCCAACCCCUCUGAAUCAGAGAGGUGCGGACGGCUGCCUUAAUCGACAGCCACGUCUUCGGAGCAUGGUGUUGCAUGUUAAUGUUUAUCCUUUUAAACUUGGAAAAAGAGACCCUUUCAGAUAUUUUUAAAUCCUUAAACCCAGACUUGGACCACACACCCUCUCCACCAAAUAGCAGGCAGGGGAAGCAAAAUAGUGAUUGCUUUGCGACGUUGGCAGUUAGCCACUGAUUCCUUCCAAACCAUUCAUUGUUGAAUUUGCGAUUUCUGACUUCUGUAAUGUUUAUGUUCAAUGGCAAAUGAGCACCGAUAGGUUUUAUCUAUAAUUUCUCUUCAUAGGAAAAGGACUUCAAAUCAAAUUUUAUUGGUCACAUGCGCCGAAUACAACAGGUGCAGACAUUACAGUGAGAUGCUUACUUACAGCCCUUAACCAACAGUGCAUUUAUUUUUAACCAAAAAAGUUAAAAUAAAACAACAAAAAAAAGUGUUGAGAGAAAAAAGAGCAGAAGUAAAAUAAAGUGACAGUAGGGAGGCUAUAUAUACAGGGGGGUACCGUUGCAGAGUCAAUAUGCGGGGGCACCGGCUAGUUGAGGUAGUUGAGGUAAUAUGUACAUGUGGGUAGAGUUAAAGUGACGAUGCAUAAAUAAUUAACAGAGUAGCAGCAGCGUAAAAAGGAUGGGGUGGGGGGGCAGUGCAAAUAGUCCGGGUAGCCAUGAUUAGCUGUUCAGGAGUCUUAUGGCUUGGGGGUAGAAGCUGUUGAGAAGUCUUUUGGACCUAGACUUGGCACUCCGGUACCGCUUGCCGUGCGGUAGCAGAGAGAACAGUCUAUGACUAGGGUGGCUGGAGUCUUUGACAAUUUUGAGGGCCUUCCUCUGACACCGCCUGGUAUAGAGGUCCUGGAUGGCAGGAAGCUUGGCCCCAGUGAUGUACUGGGCCGUACGCACUACCCUCUGUAGUGCCUUGCGGUCGGAGGCCAAGCAGUUGCCAUACCAGGCGGUGAUGCAACCAGUCAGGAUGCUCUCGAUGGUGGAGCUGUAGAAUUUUUUGAGGAUCUGAGGACCCAUGCCAAAUCUUUUCAGUCUCCUGAGGGGGAAUAGGCUUUGUCGUGCCCUCUUCACGACUGUCUUGGUGUGUUUGGACCAUGAUAGUUCGUUGGUGAUGUGGACACCAAGGAACUUGAAGCUCUCAACCUGUUCCACUACAGCCCUGUCGAUGAGAAUGGGGGCGUGCUCAGUCCUCUUUUUUUUUUCCUACUUUCCUACUUGCCAGUAGAUUGUUGACAUGAUUCAUGAUGACUGCUUGCUAGCUAAAAUUUUGAAAGUAUGAUGUUGACAUGAGCAGUCCAAUCAAAGCUAUGGUAGAUAUAACGUGAUUUGAAGUAAUUUAAAAAAUAUAUAUAUAAUUUUAUCUGUGACCAAUGACCUUGAGCCUUCUUGGACGGGCACUUCUAAUUUAAGUCUAUGUCAGCACCCAAGGGGGGCUUGAACUGCCUAGCUCUCCCUGUAGAUUCUGCGGUGACAGUGUCCCCAUGAGUGACAGCACACUGAGCCAAUCACAGAGCAACUAGGGAAGAUUACCAAUGCCUGCGCUCUGUAUUUUCACUGGCUGCCCCUCCACUACAGAAAGCACUGAGCUAGGCAUUUUGGAGCUGCCUUACUCAAGACAGAGACCGUGUUUGUAUGCGGCUUUAUUAACUCAAGGAUUAAAUUUUUACAUUGUUUGCAAACUGAUAUCUGACACAAAUUAAUGCCAAAAUAACAUGCAAAACAGGCACACACAAUAAUAUUUUUUGCUAAACAGGCAGGGCUCUUCACAUUAUCAAAAUUACUGGAUCUCUUUGUACAAGCGCCACACACAUGCAUACAUUUUCGUCUCAUCAAAAUUACCUCUGUAAAAUAAUCCCACUAACACACCAAUGACAAAAUCCUCAUGUCUCUAAGGUAUAAGGAACACAACAAGAUCAGUCUCCCAUCACAAUACGCGCGCACACCACACACACACACACACACACACACACACACACCCACUAGAGACCAAGGUGGUAAUGGAUGUCCUCCUCCAGUCUCCAGGACCUGACCCUGUACAACCCUGAGAGGACCAUCACAGUGAAGGGUUCCAUCGAGGCGUGCUCCCGAGCCGAGGAGGAAGUCAUGAAGAAGGUCAGGGAGUCGUAUGAGAAUGACGUGGCCGCUAUGAACGUAGGUCCUUGUUCUAACGCACUUGGCAUGGCACGCUGUGUUGGUAGAACCAAAGAAUCUGGAGUAGUGUCCCUAUAGUGUUCUACUUUUGUGCACUAUAUAGGGUGCCAUUUGAGACGCAACCUGGGAGAUUUCAUUUUUUAGUUUUAAUGAAAUGACAAGUGAGGGUAUAGAAAUGAAAUGUUUAACUACUUGCUACGGACCUGCGUUUGCCGUCCCUCAGCCUUUAAUUGUAUUUGAGUGGUUUCCCUGAGAUCUUUUUCUGUUCUAGUUCAUUUUGGCUGGUAGAAAUCUCUUUCUCUCUCCCGCUAUCCAUCUCUCGCUCUCUGUCUCUCCCCAGCUCCAGUCUAACCUGAUUCCAGGACUCAACCUGAAUGCCUUGGGUUUGUUCCCUGGUGGUGCUCCAGGUAUGGGCCCCUCCAUGGGACACAACGUCCCACCUCCCGGUGCCCAGGGUGGCUACUCCUCAUUCGGGGUGAGUGUCUGGACCCUUCCCCUCCCCGCCCACAUCCCUGGGUCUACUCCACAGGGCCUCUUGGUGAUGCUUUAAGAUACCCCCCUCCUUACAGAGCUGUUCUGCAAGAAGAAACCUAAAACAGACCAACCUCUGACUGAGAAGCCAUUUUGGAUCUUUCAGUGACCCUGUCUGUGUUUUUCUCUCCUUAUAGAGCAGCCAUUUGGGGGCACGACAGUGACUUGGUUUCGUGUUAUUCUCUCCUAUAGAGCAGUUCCUUCGGGGGCGAAGGGCCAUUUUGGGCGUCUGUGCUGUCGGCGAGCAGCCAGCCCCUCUCUGUAAGUCUCCCUUCCCACAGUGCUUUGCACGGCUUCUGGCUGCUCGCUGCCGGAUAGGGUAACGAGGUAGGGCUCGCCACAGCUAAACUCCACCCCUCCCAGUAACCUUUGACCCCUAGGGAGGGCUUAACACGUCUAUGUUCAUUUCUUUAAAACCUGCUGGGAAGGGGCCCCUAGUCCCCGAGGACCUCAGUGUCUGCUGAGUUUAGUUGGGCCCUCAACUUGAGAAGACAAAAAAGCAGCUAUUGAACACCUUGGCAUGUUUAGAAGGUUACAAAUGGGUGCAAAUGUUUUCAAGCGGGCACCUUUCUAUUGAACAGUUUUUAAUCUGGAACCGCCUCCUUGGGAAAAGGUUUUCUCCCAUCUGGAGGCUUCUGAAUGUGACCAAGUGUUGGAUGACUGAAGUGUAAUGAUUUGAUGAUGGUGUCCUCUAGAUUAAAACAUCCAGCAGUCCCAUCAGCUCUGUCCCAAAUGUCACCCUAUUCCCUAUAUAGUGCACUACUUUUGACCAGAGCGGUAUGGGUGCACUAAAUGGAUAAUAUUAAUACCUCCAGGACCAUGCCUCCCUGCCCCCUCAUCUAAAAUAUCUCACCCACUAACACCAGCCAUGUGCAGUGAGCGGACGCAGUUUGCUACAGGUCAUCUUUAAUACAAUAAUCUGUUCUAAUGUGUCUGUGGAAGCGCUGGGGUGUGACUGAGCAGGGCCAAGCAUUCUCUGACCUCAGACUUCCAUUUGAAAGGGAUUAUCUGAGUGGUGCAUCCAUAUACUGUGUGGAUUAGUUGGAUGUGUACAGUUGCUGCAGAGAAACGGAGAACCCUCUGGGAAUGCUGUGUUUACCUGAGCUAGGCGCUGGAUGCUACAGAUUUGCUUAUCUUUCUAAAGUCGGGGUGGGUCUCUUAUGCCCUGGGUGCAUCCCAAUAUUCUCUCCUUUCUCCUGAAAUGUACACUCGAUCACUAAUCCCCACAAAUGUAAAAGCAUUGGAUUGGUAUUGUUGUGGGCAGGAGGCAAUUUUCAUAGCAGUCUUUUUCUUUCUAAUCCAUAAAAGGAAGUGAACAAGUGCUCACUUGGGGAAAAAGGAGAGAUAAUUGGGACACACGCCACAUUUGGAAGUUGAGGAGAUUUGUUAAGUUGUAUUCAACCUCUUCAAUACUGUAUGUUCAGUUCUUUCAUGGUUAUGCAGUGAUAUUCUGCUUCUGUAUGCUACUGAGGGGAUAAAUAAAGUUGAAUUGGCCUAGAUUUGACUGGUUAAAUAUGAGGUACAACUUUGUUAAUAAAGCACUUAGGAAACUUCCAAUCAGCUCUGCUUCCGGCCUCCCUGACUGUGUCCCAAAUGGCACCUUAUUCCCUGUAUAGUGCACUACUUUUGACCAGGGCUUAUAGGGCUAUAGUCAAAAGUAGUGCACUGAAUAGGUUGCCAUUUAGGAUGCAAGCUCUGUGAGGAUCCUUCUUCCUGUGUCGCUGCAUCAGUUGCUUGGUCGCGGUCAUCUGGGCUGCUAUCGCUGUUUGCCAGGCCUGGUUGUGGUCUCCUUACGGUCUGAAUUGCUCUGUUGUGGUCUCACUGUGAUCUCAUUACGGUCGUGUGGCCUCUACUGUUCCACAGGGCCAGGGGCAGCCGGAGUCGGAGACGGUCCAUCUGUUCAUCCCGGCGCUAGCGGUUGGAGCCAUCAUUGGAAAACAGGGUCAACACAUCAAGCAGCUGUCGCGCUUCGCCGGAGCCUCCAUCAAGGUGAGGGAUUUAACUGACAGGAGAUGUUUGAGCUGCGUCUCAAUAACUUAAUGUAGCUUCUUGUCUUAUUUGUUCUUUCACCAAUUUCCACGCCUCCUCCAUUUCAGAUCAGUGCAGAUGAAGUCAGUGUCGUAGAUGCAAACCAGGUAUAUGUUUUUGCUUCCAACAUUCAGAUGAAUUUUUUUUGUCUUGUUGCUUAUAUGCCCAUCAAUCCUCUCAGAAGUGCAAAUGGGGUUAGGGUUCAGAUUGGGAUUGGGUGGCACCCCCUUCAGGCUGUUGUGAUGCGUCCCUGAUGGGUUAAAGGGAAGCAGUGGGCAGUAAUUACAGCAAGUAAAGUGUGUGUGCAGAUGUGUUAACACGUCAUGUCCCUCAGUUAGCCCCUCCAGAAGGCAUGGACAACAAGCAGAGGAUGGUGAUCAUCGCUGGACCACCAGAGGCCCAGUUCAAGGUAGGAGCCCUCAGGACCUCGCUCUCCAGCCAUGCUAUGUCUGAUCAAUGCCCACCGCACCAGAGGAAAAGUGUUGUCCUUUUUCCCCAAAACAUUGUAGUCUAUACAAUUAAACUACCUAGCUUGAUGUCCAACGUCCCUGUCAAGUCAAUUACAUAAAAUAAAGCAGAUAUUUACAGUUAGAGAAAGAUGCUUCUGUAGCUUUUAAAAAAAAAAUAUUUGGCAGACACUCUUAUCCAGAGCGACUUAGUUAGUGAGUGCAUACAUUUUCAUACUGGCCCCCCGUGGGAAACGAACCCACAACCCUGGCGUUGCAAGCGCCAUGCUCUACCAACUGAGCUACAUGCAGCUUCAAUCAAGGGUUGUGAAAUAUCCUUUGACUCCAGUGUAUGAUGUGUGCCGUUUGCCCUGUUUCAGGCUCAGGGUCGUAUCUUUGGGAAGCUAAAGGAGGAGAACUUCUUUGGGCCGAAGGAGGAGGUGAAACUAGAGGCUCACAUCAAGGUGCCCUCCUUCGCUGCUGGACGUGUCAUCGGCAAGGGAGGCAAAACGGUACGCAGAGGCCGGUCUCUGUCUGUGUGUGAUCACUACAAUUAUUGUUGCAAAAUGAAUAAAAGUUCUGCUGCAGAAUAAUUGAAAACACCACUUAUUACUUUGGCCAUAAUAUAAAUGGCUUUUAUUAAUUUGUUCUUAAUUUCUCUCUCGCUCCCCGUCUCUCUCGCUCCCCGUGUCUCUCGCUUGCUCUCUCGUUCUCGCUCUUGCUCUGUUUCUCGCUCUUCUUGUCUGCCUCCCCCCUCUUCUUGUGUCUGCCUCCCCCCUCUUCUUGUGUCUGCCUCCCCCCUCUUCUUGUGUCUGCCUCCCCCCUCUUCUUGUGUCUGCCUCCCCCCUCAGGUGAAUGAGUUGCAGAACUUGACCAGUGCUGAGGUGGUGGUCCCCAGAGACCAGACGCCUGACGAGAACGACCAGGUCAUUGUCAAAAUCACUGGACACUUCUAUGCAAGCCAGGUAUGUUACACUAAUCAAAGUUUAAAGGGCAAUUAAAUUGCAACUCACUUUACAGUAAAACAACAACAAAUGAAGUAGAUCAAAAACAAGCAUGAGGAAAUAAAAUAAAGGAGCGUAAAAUAAAUGAAUGUAUAACGUCUGAAAUCAAUUCACUACAGUACUAAUACUGUUGCCCAAUUCCAAAUCUACCCCUAUGGGAGGAGCUAUGAUUACAGGAUGUUCCUCCACCCCUUUCACUGGGCAAGACGGGGUCUUCUAUCUGACGGGGGGAGAGAAUGAGUCCAAAUUCAUCCGUCAGCUCUGAUUACUGAGCUAAAAGCCUGGUUCAUGCUAUGGGCACAGUAUGAAUGCAGCUGAGUGUAAGGUUGUGUGCUGUAGGGUAAAGGGAGUGUAGUUGAACCUUGGUAAAGUCAACAGAUGUGGUUUGAGUAAAAUGUAUAUAAUGUCUGCUUCCUUAUGUAAGGAUUGUCCACCAUACUGCUUCACAUCUGUGUAGCAUUAAUCAAUGGCUGCAUCUGAAAUGGCACCCUAUUCCUUAUAUAGGGCACUACUUUUGGUCAGAAGUAGUGCCCUAUAUAAGGAAUAGGGUGCCAUUUUAGAUGCAGCCAUCAUUAACCUUUCUGCUUGAUGAAUUCUUAAUUCUACUAAUCUUACAAGCAAUGGAUAUGUGCAUGUCAUUGUCAGAUGAAGUGUCCUGACCUCUGCCCUCUGCCCUUUGCCCUCUGACCCCUCCCCAGCUGGCCCAGAGGAAGAUCCAGGAGAUAUUGUCCCAGGUGAGACGGCAACAGCAGCCCAAACCCUCACCCCGUGGGGAGGGACCCCCCCUCUCCCGCCCCUCCCGGAAGUAGACAGGGGUAUCCCGUUGGGCCAGGGGGGCCAGUGACUGAACCACCCCGAAGACAGAGCAGAGCAGAGACCGGAUGGGAAACACGGGCAGGGACAACGAGCUCAUCUCAGGGGUUAAGGGUCAUGGGUACCCUACUGUACACCCCCACUCUCGACGACCUCCUCGACCUUACACCCAACCCCCCUCGACGACCUCCUCGACCUUAGACCCCCCACCCCCCUCUUGACGAGCUCCUCGACCGACACUACCCCCACCCCCCUCUCGACGAGCUCCUCGGCCGACACUAUCCCCACCCCCCUCUCGACGAGCUCCUCGACCGACACUACCCCCACCCCCCUCUCGACGAGCUCCUCGGCCGACACUACCCCCACCCCCCUCUCGACGAGCUCCUCGACCGACACUACCCCCACUCCCUUCUCGACGAUCUCCUCGACCGACAUUACCCCCACCCCCUUCUCAACGAUAUCCUCGACCGACACUACCCCCUCUCCCCCCGGCAUCCUCAACCGACACUACCCCCCUCUCGACUAUCUCUUCGACCGACACUACCCCCCCCCUCCCCCCGGCCGACACCACAGUGUGGAUAAGACAUUACACCCAGUCGCCACACCUCUCUGCAUCUCUGUGAGAAUGUACUUGAGGGUUCCAAUGUUAUCUCACACCCUCUCACCCCCUGCCCCCCCCUCACCCUCACCUCGGUCCUGAUUGGUUUCUUAUUUGUUUUAGUGUUGUUUUUUUUUGGUACACUAGAAAACACAAAUAAAUAAUAAUUAACCCCCUCCUGUCACUUCCCUGGUGUGGUAACACUCAACCACCUCACAUGUUGAUGACCGCUGUUAAUUUUGACUUUAGUUUUACCUUUUUUAUUUUACCUUGUUUUUUUUGCCCUGGAUGAAGUGUUUAUUUAGUUGGUUGAAGCUUUCUCUCCUGAGUUUUCUUUGGAAAGAAAAAGGCAUUGCUCAGAGUCCUUGUAGGACUAAGAAGAAAGGUUAGGGGGAGGGGUUUAGAUGGGGAGGGGCGGGGCUUGGGGUAAUACUCUUGUUUGAUUGGACAGGGGCCCCGGCGGUGGUCUAACAGGGUGCCCCUGUCCUGGUAUUGAUAGUGGCAUUUUAUACAUUCGGAUGCAUUUUAUAGAUAUAUAUAUAAAUAAAUAUAUAUAUUUAGAGGCGAGGAUAACACUGCCGGUAAUACUUAAGGGACGUGUUGAAUGGUGUUGGCCAGGAAAACCAAUUUAAUAUGCAUUGUACUGAACUACCUCAGGAUCUCUAGUACCUCAAGAAGACGACGAUGAGAAAAAGAAAAUGAUUAUAUAUAUGAAAAAAAUGUUCCUUUUUUUAUUUUGCUUUGUGGUAUUUUGUAUACUUUAUAAAGCUAAUAGUUAUUGAACAUUUUUAUUUUUUUAAGAAAAUUUAAAAUUUGGUCAGCUGCCAACUGACCUUGCCUUCAACUCUAGCGCUCUCCAGAGGCGGCGACAUGUACAAUGUCUGUCUGUGUGUGACGACGGUGGCCCUGUACAUAACGUUUCUGUACAUAGAGCCCAGGGCAGAGUUGGCGCCCAACUGUUGGCUGCUGACGGGAGUAUCGAGAGAAAAUAAAUCGCCUCAGUUUUCCUGAGGUAUCCAGCAUCUAAUGAAAACUACAAACAACGACUAUAUUAGAGUAAUGCUGAAUAAUGCCAACCGUACAUACUGCAGCGAUACCGUUUAGUUUUGGGAUUCUGACAUUCUUAUUGUUGAUGGAACGUUACAUUUUUCACACGUAAUGAUUUUUCCUUUUGCCUUCCUGGAAGUGCAAUGCACACAAUGGAGGGGCCUGAACUCUGAGUGCUCUCUCUCUGUAGCCUCCAUAGAAAUGGACACGUUAGAGCAGCACUGUCUGUUCUCGGUUGUAUUCGUGUUACCUGCUUAGGCCUUACCUGCUUUAUUACAUCAUCCUAGUCUCAAAUAGCACCCCAUUUCCCCUAUAGUGCUCCAAGGUGUAACUACAUGGGGAGAAUAGGGUGCCAUUUGGAAGUCAUCCCAGGUUUCUGACGGGCUAAAGUGUGGUCGACAGCCUGACUAGGGUUUUUUCAUAGAGGGAGCUUGGCCAUGUGUGGUGGACACAGUAGCCACCGAGUCGGUCUACGUUAGUGUCAUUCACUGCAUGGUGAAGGUAGGGGGGAGUCUCACUGAUGGAUGCUUUUUUUUUGCUAUUGAAACUACGGUAACUAAAGGAUGCGUUUGUUUAACCAGCAGCUGUAAUCUUGAUUUGAAGUGAGAGAAGUUUAAAUUGUUAUUCAUUACAAAAAGCCAAGAUGCACACAAAAAAAAUACAAAAUUAACUUUGAUUGAUUGGGAUGAGUAAGAAAAGUAAAAAAAUAAAUCAAACUAUGAUGAAAUACUAUACCAACUUUUUCCUUUUUAUUUCAUGCAGAAUGUAAAUAUGUUUUGAUUGUGGUAAAAGUGCUAGAGUGUAUCCAUGCUUCCACAGUAGAACGCUGUCUACCUCAGCUGAGGGGGGUUUGUGGCGGCACGCGCCCUCACCCCGCCUAGCGCUCGCUGCGAUACCUCAGUCCCCCCUGGAACACUUCUCUGCAUGGGCGCGUGCGUGCUCACGCGGUCCAACAUCGCGCUUACGUACACGAGGGGCACAAGUGAAGUUUGUUAUUCCCCCUCCCUUCCUCCUGUUUUUUUAAAUCUACCUCUUUAGACACAUUUGAAUUAGAGGCAUACUUCUAUUUGUUAGAUUUAGGGUUAUUCUCCCAUUGUCCCCCCUUCCGCUUUCCCAGAUAUUAAUGAAAGUAAAUAAAUCAUGUACUCUUUAGAAUUUCAACGAAUAAUCGAAAAGUUAACAAAUAUUUCCUUUGCCAGCAUAUCUUUUGUAGCUUAAUUGAUUGAAGAUCCUCAACAUGUUGCUUUUCUUUCUGCUUUUAUUGUUGGUGGUGUGGCUUCCAUGUAUUGAACUUUCUUGCUUGGGUUUUUUGUGAUAAAAGGUCAUUCACCUGUUUUGAAGUUUUUUGGAUUCAAUGACUGGAUGAUAAGUAAAAAAAAAAAAAUAUAUAUAUAUAUAUAUAUGUUUUAAAAAAAAAAGGACCUGCCUUCUGUUUCUGGUUUAUGAGACUAAAAAUAAAUACUAAGUCUUUCUUACAUUUUGAUGUCUUUACGGAUGCUGCAUUGGCCUGCUGAUUUGAUAACGAUUUGUUUGGUUAGCAUUU